AUAAUGUAGCCUAGGCUGGCCUCAAAAUCUGAUUCUUCCUUCCGCAGCCUCCUCAGUGUCCACUACACCUGGCUUAGGAGUUCUUUCUUUACACUGUUGAUCCAUACUAUAGUGAAAGUAAGCACGCAGUAGCACUAGCCAGUAAUUGCAUUGUGGCAGCCGUAACUGAAGGGAACUGUUCCCAGUCCACCUAGGAGUUACUAGUAUUGUUUUAUUGCCAAGGCAGAGAGUCUCAUUGACCCAAGAUAACCCGGAUAUUGUAAUCCUCCUGCCUCAGCCUCUGGCAUGCUAAGAUUAUAGUUGUGUUCUACCAUGCUCAGCUAGGUUUUAUGUGGUUCUUUUAUUUUUUUUUGAAAGAGUUAAUUUUGAAAUAAAAAUUUAUUAAUCCAGAUUUUUAAUGCCUUUCCCUUUAGAUGAGCCAGUUUUCUUAUUUGAGCAGCAAAAAUAAUACCUCUAUUCAUUUGUGUUCUAUUCAUCUCCAGUAGUUUUGGAAUAAAAUUAAAUUACGUGGGACUUAAUUGGGCAUGUUACUGGGUGAGCAGUUGUAACACAGAUGUGACGCUGCCAUUUGAAGGGCAUGCAGUGUAGCGGAGGGGACCCCUUAAAGCAGUCGUUUGUCAGCAGCUGUUUACAGUCUGUCUCCAGCACUCAGAAGGGUCCUGAGACUAGCCUUGCAUUCGGACGGCUUAAAGAUAAGGAAGCUUACGUUGCUUAGUUUCUAUCUCUUACAUGCUAGUAAAUCAUAAAGAUUCAUGGUGUGGUCUGCCUUUAAAACCCUGCGUUCUCUUCCAUAGCAUUCCUGAGUUACCUGUGUCAUGGGCUCACUCUGUUCCCAAGCAUACCUCUCUGUCUUGUCCCUCAGGAGAGCUGGGAGCUCUCCACUGCCUCAUAGAGGAGCCAGUGAGAGGAUGACAUUAACUCUUUGGUUGUGUUGACUUUUAUGUUACAAACCCCUGGGGUCUGGCUGCUUCCUUGGGGUAGUAAUCUUGUGGAUUCUGGGGCUGCCAUGAAACUGUUGUGCUGUUUGUAACCUCUCAAGUAAAAAUAGUCCCGCGGUGCUCCUGCUGCGCUUAGUAGCCAGGAUUUCCAUCGCGCCAAGCUCCCCCCACCCAGGACACUUGAUAAACAAAGCUCUGAGUAACGAGCAGAUUGCUGCGGCGGCCGCUCUGCAGGCCUCUCAGCUGCCACCAAGAGCUCCCAUGAAAAGGUUCCAUUGCUUUAACAUGCAGAGCCCCGUGCUCUGGUUGAUGCUCAGAAAAGCAUUUCUGAAGUGAGAACCCUUUGUGAUCCUUCCAGUCUGUCCCUUAAUACCUGAAUUGAGUCUCCCAGGCAGCUUAGAGGGCUUUGGGUAUGGCUUAGUGACAGAGUGAUUGCUUGGCAAACAUAAGGCCCUAGGUUCGAUGACCAAUAGCACUAAAAAAAAACAAAAACAAAAACAAAAAAAAACCUAAACAGCUUUCCAAGCUGGAGAGGUGGGUUUGCUGUUGCUGUUCACAGAGAUGAUGUGGACUAGCAAAUGUGAAACCUCAAUGAUUUCAGUGCCUUCCCGUAUUCGGGUAACUUUAAGAUAAAAGUAAAUGAAUUUAGGUUGUGUGCCUUGUUCCAUGCAACAAGAGACCUUAGGGUAGAAAUUUGUACCUCUGCCCUAUACUGUCAGGGUUCACUGGGCAGCUUAUAGCUUUUCCCUUUUGAAUCUUACACUUUGACCGCUUAACCUGUUCUCGCCUCUUAAAGGCACUGGGACUCACUGCCUGCGGGUCAGUACCUCUCUAGAGGUGCCUUCCUCCUAGCAGUGUGCUGCUGGACUUCAUAGUACGUCAGUCCGUGCUGUGUUCACGUGGUUCUAGAUUUCUGUGUUUGCAUGCUGUUUGAGGGUUUCACUUGGGUGAGAACCUGAUUGACUUGAAAUGGGAGGUAGUGAGUGUUUCCCCUUACUUCCCUGCUUUGUCCCGGGUUUUAUGUGCAACGCUAACAGAGAUCAAUUUUAUCUUACACACUUCUGGUCUUUUAAGAGCGAUUAGAAGUACACGUGUUGGGGCCCCGUGUUGGAAGUCUUGGUCAUUGUCAGCUCACUGUUCUUUCCUUUCAAGUUGCCUAAACACAGCUGAGUUCUUAAGAGGAGCAAAGAAAACAUGACAGUGCUGCCAAGUAGACAGGAAGCCGAGCGAGCUAGCCGACCCAGGAGUGAGGCUGAGCACAGCCCCGCGUCCAAUCAGCUGAGUGCACUGUUGCUAUGUGCGCCCUACUCUCUGCCUUUGUGAGAAGCCUGCACGGGGAAGCGCAGCACCCAGCGCUUGCUCCGCUCGCUCGCUCGCUCGCUCUCUCCUCUCCCGUGCUUUCCAUCCGCGGCUGACAGGGUAGCAGCUGACAGCCGGAGGCUUCCAGUAUGGUUUUCAGUGGGAACAAAGGGCUCCGCAGACAAGAUGCCUUGGAUGAGUAUUUUGAAUAUGACGCAGAGGAGUUCUUGGUCUCUUUGGCCUUGCUGAUAACUGAAGGACGAACCCCAGAGUGCUCUGUGAAAGGCCGUGCAGAGAGUUUCCACUGCCCUCCAGCGCAGUCUCGCUUCCCAGGAACGGCCAGACAUGAAUGCAGCGACAAGCUGGCCCAGUGUCGCCAAGCCAGACGAACCAGAUCUGAGGUCACACUGUUGUGGAAAAAUAAUCUUCCAAUCAUGGUGGAGGUGAUGCUCCUGCCAGAUUGCUGCUACAGUGAUGAGGGGCCUAGCACAGAGGGGACAGAUCUGAAUGAUCCCGCCAUUAAGCAAGACGCACUGUUACUGGAGAGGUGGAUCUUGGAGCCAGUUCCCCGACAGAAUGGUGACCGCUUCAUCGAAGAGAAGGCACUUCUGCUGGCUGUCAGAUCAUUUGUGUUUUUUUCUCAGUUAAGUGCUUGGUUGAGUGUUUCUCACGGUGCUAUUCCACGAAACAUUCUUUACAGAAUCAGUGCUGCGGAUGUUGACCUGCAGUGGAGUUUUUCCCAGACUCCAACUGAGCAUGUGUUUCCAGUCCCCAAUGUCUCUCACAAUGUGGCCUUGAAAGUCAGCGUUCAGUCCUUACCCAGACAAGCUCAUUAUCCGGUUUUGACCUGUAGUAUUCAUACUAACAUUGGUCUGUAUGAGAAGAGAAUUCACGAACAGGAGCUUAGAGCCUGUCAGCACCAUGGCCCUGGUGAGGUGGAGUACCGUUGUCCCAGCAGCUCACAGAGCCUAUGCAGCCAGCACACAUGGACCAUGGCACCCGUGAGUGCCCUGCACGUCAGAAGUGGCAUGCCUCCCGAGUACACUGCAGCCAUUAGAAAUGUCAGGCUCUGCCCAGGCACAGGUAGCAAGUCUGACCAUGGGGCACCUCAAGCCAGUGUCCUGGGCUUCAGUGGCACCGGGGGAGAAGUGAGGUCACAGGGGGCAUCAGUGAGAACGUUCAAAUCACUGCCUGUGGUCGAUUCCAGUGUCUCCAGCUGUCAGAGCUCUCGGCAGCCAGUAGGGGAACCUAACCCUUUAAUGGACUCCUUGAUUCAGGAUCGACAAGAAGUCAUUGCCAGGAUUGCUCAGCACUUGAUUCACUGUGACCCCAGCUCCUCUAGAAUGUCUGAACUCCCCUUUAACACCCAGGAGUCCACUUCACUUAGCCCAAAGCUUCACCCAGUUUCACAGGAAAGUGGAUGUGUGAGAAGAUAUAAAGAAGCAUUCUCUGUCUCUUUUGGGAGUCCAGAGUUUGGCUCCCCAGGAGACAGCAGGGAGGGGAAAGUCAGAGAGAAGUCAGAAACCAGGCCAGGAGAAACCUGCACUUCUCACAGUCUGUACCCUCACCAGCCUGCUGGGGAGGCAAACCCGCUGAUUGGCUCUUUACUCCAGGAGCGGCAGGACGUCAUAGCCAGGAUUGCACAGCACCUGGAACACAUAGACCCCGCAGCUCACAUUCCCCGGCCUGCAUUCAGCAAGCACGACUCCAAUUCCAUUCCUUCUAAAGUGUUCAGGAGUUCAUUUGAUGACAAAACCUUGUUGAAGAAGGGCAGAGAGAAUGUCUCUGUCUCUGCGUCUCAUACAGAAGUGUCCUUAUUGGGAGACAGAGGUGAUGGGGAAAGCCUCAAACCUAGUAAAUGCUUGCGAUCUGUCAAAUUCAGCCCUCAAGAAAAGCCUUUGAAACCUGAAGUAAGAACUCAGCAUCAGAACCAUCCUGAUAGCAUCAGCCCCACAGCCAGGCAGGAGUUGCUGAACAAGGCUGCUGGCUUACUAACUUCCUCUAACACAGCUCUCUGCAAUGAAAGCAGCUUGGGUUUGAUUAGCAGAUUGGAAAGUACAUCCUGUAAAUUACACCUUAAGGAGCAAGAAAUGAGCCAUGAAACUGAGAAACAGUGUUUGCAUUGCAACAGUAUUGACAAACAGAUUUGCACAAAUACGUGUACGGAGAAAAUCAACGACGAGCGUAGUCCAGGAUCUCUCCGUCAUCUCCAGUGUGAUGAUUCAAAAGGUAUUGACUCAAAACUAAAAGUGACUCUGCUGGAAAUGCCUGACUAUUUGAACAAGAACAAAACGAAUUGUUCAAGUAAAGACUCCACAAGAUCCAAGGCGUGUGAGCAAUGCGUUCGGGUUGGCACAGAAAAUUACCUCAGUGAAGAGGUUGAGGGUCCCAGAAGCACUGUAUCAGACCCACUCAAAACUGAACAGGAGGAAAAAAGGGACUCAGGUGCUGGAAAACCUCAAAGCGUAAAGCACUGUUUGUCUGCAGGCGAAAGACUGCACAGCGCAGACAUAUUGAGGACUACACUGAAACAUUCAAGUGUCUGGAGGAAACAUAAUUUUCAUUCCUUGGAUGGGACAUCAACCAGAGCCUUUCAUCCUCAGACGGGGCUGCCUCUCCUCUCAAGUCCAGUUCCUCAAAGAAAAACACAGUCAGGCUGCUUUGAUCUAGACACGUCACUGCUGCAUCUGAGAAGCCUGUCCUCCAAAAGCUCUCGGCCAUGCCUGAACAUUGACGAGGACCCAGAUGUUCAUGAAAAACCUUUUUUGAGUUCAAGUGCUCCACCAAUCACAAGUCUUAGUCUCCUAGGAAAUUUUGAGGAAUCGGUUCUGAACUAUCGUUUAGACCCCCUCGGCAUAGUCGAUGGCUUUACGGCUGAGGUGGGAGCCAGUGGGACUUUCUGCCCAACGCACUUGACUCUGCCAGUGGAAGUGUCGUUCUACAGUGUUUCGGAUGAUAAUGCUCCCUCGCCUUACAUGGGUGUGAUUACUUUAGAGUCCCUUGGUAAAAGGGGUUAUCGAGUACCUCCUUCAGGAACGAUACAAGUGACCUUAUUCAAUCCCAAUAAGACUGUGGUGAAGAUGUUUGUAGUCGUGUAUGACCUACGAGGCAUGCCAGCCAAUCACCAGACAUUCCUGAGACAGAGGACGUUCUCAGUUCCUGUUAAACAGGAGAUGAAGAGAAGUAUUAACCAAGAGAACAUCCAGCACACGGCACAGUUACUACGCUACCUCAUACACCUGAGGUUCCAGAGUUCUAAAUCUGGAAAGAUCUACCUCCAUAGAGAUGUCCGGCUCCUGUUCUCUAGAAAGUCCAUGGAGGUCGAUAGCGGUGCUGCGUAUGAACUCAAAUCCUACACUGAGUCGCCAACAAACCCUCAGUUUUCACCAAGGUGUUGAUGAGGGGGACAACUUAAAAGUAUUUGCUCAGUACCCACGCCUGAACAUGAGCGUUCACAGAACGGAAUACAUCAAACGAGAGCCGGUGGGGCAGAGUGGCCCUCCUCUGCUGUCCUGGACCAGAUUUUAUUAAAGGACCCCUUGAAAUGAGACCCGUGACUCCUAAGUGGACUGGAAGCACCCGUGUCUUCGCCUUUCCGUACUGUUGAAACCACUUCGUUGGACAGUUGCAAUAGCAAAAUCCCCAGUUAGAUUAGUGUUUACACAUUUUAUUUCUGUUAUUUAAUAUUUAAUGUUUUCCUUAAUAGUCAAGUGAUGUUUGUCUCUAGUGUUCUAAUGUAGCACAAUCCUAUGUAAAAUCAUACUAUGUAUUUUUGACAUUAUUGUUGAAAUUGAAAUAUAUGCAUAAGUCUUUAAUUUUGUGUGGUGUGUUUUAAGUGCUAUUCAUUUAAGCUACUGAAAAUGAGAAUGAAAUGUUGGGCUUCUUUAAGAUUAAUGCACUAUGCAAGCAUGUAUGCUUUUUUAUCUCUCCAGGUUAGGUUUUAUAGCACUCACCCAGGGUCUGUCCCCAGGGGGUCCGACAAAGCUGCUCCCAUCCUCCUGGCAAGCGCUGAGCUACCUGCCCAUUCUCAUUCCUUCUAAGGUCCAAAACAUUCUAUUUUCCCUGAAUCACUACUGUAGAGGUUUUACUUUAAAUUGCUGUCCCAUGCUAGAUAAUUUUCUCACACUGUUAAAAAAAAUGUACUUUGAAAAGAUUAAUAUUUAUAUUGUAAAUAUAUGCAAAAAACUAAAACGUG